AAACUGUAGUGAUUAUGUUCUCUAAAAUUCCUGCCCUUCCCAUUCUCAUCAGUUUUACUCUUUUUAAUAUGUUUCUUGAAAAUAUUUUAUUAACUUACUUUAGAAUAUAUAUAUUUUUUGUUUUAACUUUAUCUCCUUAGCAUGCCUUCCAGGGAUGAUGUGAAACUAUGUAGCCUGAUUAUAGCUCAGGUUCUAAUAAACUUUUCUCUUGGAAACAACAGACCUAAUUUGCAAGGCAGUGUGUGUAGAUUGCGCUUGACUCUGCCACCUGAUGAAGGCUCACUUUCUGAUCAAGGUGCAAAGAAAACUUCAAAUACAAAAAAAAUGGCACGCCCCCCACUCCCACUUCUGGUGGCAAAGCAACUCUACCAUGUACCAAAUGGACUGUCUUCCAGGAAUUUCUCCCGUGGCAUGGUGUAUGGUGUAGUACACAGGACUGACAAUAACCAUAAGAAAGAAAUGGUUGUUUAUGGUUGGUCAGCAGACCAAUUGAAAGAAGAGAUGAAUUACAUAAAAGAUGUGAGAGCAACUUUGGAAAAAGUGAGAGAGCACAUGUAUGGGGAGUAUGAUGAAAUGAAACGGAAAAUACAGCAACUUACCAACGAACUGACAGUAAGAUCACAUUUAUUUGAAUCCUUAGAGAGCCAUAUGCGAGUGCAGGCUGCAGCCUUGGAUAGCUUCAGUGAAAUGAACAGCAGCUUGACAUCUGCAUCAAUCGAGCUGCAGAAAACUUUAGUGGAUGUUACUUUGGAGAACACGGACAUAAAGGAUCAAAUAAGGAAUUUAAAACACACACAUGAGAAAUCUAUGGAAAAACUGAAAGACAAGCAAAAACAGCUGGAAACUGCUCAGAUGGAAAAUCAGCUAUUGAAACUGCAGGUGGAAUCCUCCCAAGAAGCCAAUGCAGAUGUAAUGAGAGAAAUGACCAGAAAGCUAUACAGUCAGUAUGAACAAAAGCUAAAAGAAGAAGAACAGAAACACAAAGCUGAGAGAGAGAUUCUAAUAGCAGAAACAAAUCGGCUUCUGAAGGCUAUUGAAGAGGCAAAUAAGAAGAUGCAGAUUACGGAGAUAAGUAUACAAGAAAAAGACCAAAGGAUUGGAGAGUUGGAUAGGUUCAUCCAGCGCAUGGAAGAGGAACGCCACCAGCUACAAAAACAACUGGAACAACAAGAAAUACAGAUAGCUGGAGCAAAAUCUGAAACUUGUUCUGAUAGAGAGAGGUCUCAACAUCUGGAGGAGGUAGCAGCUAAUCUGAGAGAGAGAAUCAAACAUCUGGAUGACAUGGUCCAUUGUCAACAAAAGAAAGUCAAACACAUGGUUGAGGAGAUUGAUUUGCUAAGAAAUAAGGUUCAGGAAAAGGAAUUGUUUAUAGUACAGCUUUUAGAAAAAAUCUCUUUCUUAGAAUGUGAGAACAAAGAAUUACAAGACAAGUUGGACUAUUUAAUGGAAACUCGGCAAAAGACUAGUGUGGAAACCAGAGAGACUGGAGUAGGAUGUGAUUUUCCACUGAGGAAGUUUAUUAAUAGACUCCCAGACAAGGGGAAAAAGAUCUCAGAUUUUUCUGAAAAACUCAAACACGUUAUUGCACAAGAGGAAGAAGUAAUGAGGACAACCAAACUGCUAUCUACUGUGAGACUGGAGUUCCAGGCAAGACGAGAGGAAAUUAAUACAAGCAAGCUAAAUGAGAACAAAUUAAUAAAUGAAGCAUUUGCAGCCAUUAAUGAGAAUUCUUCUAUUGAUGUAAAUGGAUCCAAGGUGGUGUUGCAAAACCAGGAAGCUGAACUUACCAGGCAAAGACUCGCAGAUGUAGCUUUUAAAGAUGAGAAGGGUCAUGGGAAAAGUGAUGAAAUAAAAAGCUCUGUAGAAAGCCCAACAAAAGUCCCACUUGGGGAUGAAAUCAGGCCACAGUCAUCCACAGCCAGCCUCCUGAAAACAGAUCAGCAGACAUCUCCAAGUAGUUCUAUGGCUGGGACAGAAGGUGCUGCAGAGAUGCCAGGCAACAGUGGCAGUGCAUUGGUUGAUGCCUUUCAAAGUUUCACAAUUGUACAUGGGGAUAACAGUGAAGGAAUAUCAGAAAAAGAACAGCAUGUUUCUGCUGUUAAGGAAAAUCCCUUUGGAAGCCUGCACACCAGACUGCCCAAAAAGUUGCAUUACAUUGAAAUUCUUGAGUCAAGAGCCAAGAACCCAGUAGCUAAAAAACCUAAAUUUAAAACAAAUAUAUUACUGUCUGAGUUAAGUGGGUCAUCUCAAGGUUCCUCACCUGAUCAUUCACCUGGAGGUCCUGGGUCUCCAAUUUCUGCUGAAGAAAGACGACUCGGAGAUAAGAAACACUUGAAUGAUGUCACAGCAGCCCGGUUGCCACCACUACACCAUGAGCCUACCCAGUUGUUAUCCAUAGAAGAAUCCAUAGCAAUUCAGAUAAAACAGAAAGAAGUUUAUGAGGAGAUGCAAGCCAAACUUGCAGCACAAAAGCUGGCAGAGAGAUUGAAUAUUAAAAUGUUCAAGUAUGAACCAGAGGGGGAGGCAUCAAAACAGUACAGAGAAGUGAGGGAUGAAGAAGACUGCUUUUCAACAGAAGACUGAGUUUGCAAAAGAAUACAUAAUAGUGGACUGUGUUUUAAAAAAAAAAAAAAAACCCCCCCCCCCCCCCCCAAACAAAUGCCCUUAUGCCACAGGUUUUUUAAAGCUGGAUGGCCAGUAUUCUUCGCCAUAUAGGUUGCUCUGUUUUUGCUGGAGGAGCUAUAACACUUCAGUUCCAGAAGGCAGUAAUAGAUUUUUGAAUACAAAUGACAGUGGUGAGUUUUUUUUGAGGGGCUGGGGCUUGGUCUGAUUUUUGUACAAGAGUUGGCAAGGCAUCAGUGCCCUUGAAAACUUACCCAUUGGGCUCUUUACAGCUCAGCUAAGGUAGCUUUUGAACAUGCUUUAGUAAGCAGUGACAAAGCAUUCACAAGGAAGUGGUUACUGUUCAAUGGCGAACAAAGGUUUAAAGGUAGAAAAAAAUGUUAUUCCUUUUACAUAUUGUGAAUGGACAAAUCUAGAGUUAUAAAAUAACUCAAGUUCCCUUUGGGCAUCGAGAGUUACAAUGAUCACUGUUAAGCAAAUUUAGAGAUCAAAGACAUUUAAAUAAUAUAAUAUUUUCUAUUGAACUUUGGGUUUUUUCCAUAUUAUUUUUGUAUGUUGAUUAAAAUUUUGGAAUACUAUUUCUCACUGUCUGUCAUCUGCUAUUAAUGAAAGAGAUCCUUCAUUCAGAUCUGUUGGUGGAAAUAAGUCCUGGGUACUUUUUCAGUGAGGCAAACUUAGCUGACGUUGCAAGAUAAAGAAAUUCCUGCAUAUGCCAGAAGUAUUUUAGAAUUUUUUUGUCUUGGAAUAAAGGUGCUCCUCUGAAAAUGAGCACCAUUUGAAAACCACUUCUUGUUAACAAAAUACUGAGUAAAAUACUAAUUACUUUUGCAGUAAUAUAAUAGAUUCAUUGCAAAUACAUCUCAGACAAAGAUAAGAGAAAAUGCCUUAUUUGGCCUCCUGAGAUCUUGACUCGGAUUCCUCUGGAGCAAUUUAAGGUACUCGGCUCCUUUCUGCUGACUUGAGUGUUGGCCUUAACUGCUGUUGGAAAACUUGAACCUUUGGCAGGUAAAUAGUCUUUCCUACUUUUUGUUGAUGGUAAGUAUACUAGGAUGCUUUCUGCUUAGAAAGACAAACAUCUGGAAACUAAGGGGCUUGCUAGAAAAGCCAGUAAACAUGUGCAUGCCUAUAAACUGCACCAAUAUAGGUGUGUGCUUCUGAAGGAGAACAGUGGUUUCAGCCUUUAGAGGUGUGACCAUAAACAUGAGAUUCCUUUCAAGGUUUUUGUUAUUUACACAAUUUUUGGAACCUUGAAAGGAAUCUCAUGUUUAUGCUCCAGCACCCUACAAUGCAACACACCUUCAGAAUAAUCCUUGCUGGAAGAAGCUAUCUGAGUGGGAGAAAAGGGCAUAUGAUGGCAGGAUACAGAGAGAAUAAAUGUUUGUGGCUGUUGGAAUAAAGACAUUUUCUAGAU